AUGCUGAGUAAUUUGAAUUCACAGAUGCAGAGAGAAAGUGGCGACGAUUCAACUGGGAGCCCCGUUUUGGACGAGGAGGACUAUGAGCACCAGUUUGGCGCCGAGAGCGAUGACGAGUUCCCCACUUCGACCAACUCGGCCCACUAUUCCACUUCUCAAGAUAGAUUCAUGAAAGACCAUCAUUUGAAGCAAAAGGCGUUUGAGGCAUUGGGGAAUGCCCCGGGCUCACCCGUUGGCUCUCAGCCGAAACGAAGACCGUCGUCAAUCAUAGACUUGCCCUUUAGGAACGUGGUUGCUCCAGACCGGGUGUCACCAGAGGCACAGUCCAACCCCAGGGCGAUUGACAAUGCAUUGCCUGAAGAGUACCCGUCGGAGGAAUUGGUUGCGUUUUACCACAAGGUAAAGACGUGUCUAGAUCUCCGCCAUAAGUACUUGAAUCUCAGUUUGCAAACACCCGAGCUGAAGAACCCGAAAAAUCAACCAGAUUGGAAAAUCUACCCACCUCCGCCAAAGCCCACGUACAAGUCCAAAAACAGGUUCAACCAGCUUCCUAGCGUUGGCGAAAAAGAGGAGGAGUUUGAUUUCAGCAAGUGCGACAUUCCAAACCUCCUUGAGAGCCCGUAUGUCUUUAUCUUGAACGAUGAAGGUAUCUACCAAGUCUUUGACGGCACGGAAAAGCUCGUGGAUAUUCCAGAUUUGCACCAAUACUACGACGACUUGAACAUGAUCACCCGCAUUUCCUCCGACGGUCCCACCAAGUCAUUUGCAUUUAAAAGGUUGCAAUACCUUGAGGCGAAAUGGAACAUGUACUACUUGCUCAACGAAUUUGAAGAGACAAAGCAAUCAAAGCAGAACCCGCAUCGCGACUUCUACAAUGUGAGAAAAGUCGACACCCACAUCCACCACUCGGCAUGCAUGAAUCAAAAGCAUUUGCUCAGAUUCAUCAAGUACAAGUUAAAGACCGAUCCCGACCUGCCCGUGAUUUUCAGAGACGGCAAGAUUUUGACGUUGGCAGAGGUUUUCCAGUCGUUGAACUUGACGGGCUACGACUUGUCGAUUGAUACGUUGGACAUGCACGCCCACAAGGACACCUUUCACCGGUUCGAUAAGUUCAACUUGAAAUACAACCCCAUUGGCGAGUCGAGAUUGAGGGAGAUAUUUUUGAAAACGGACAAUUUCAUCGACGGUAAAUACUUGGCCGAAAUCACCAAGCAAGUGUUUGAAGAUUUGGAAAGCUCCAAGUACCAAAUGGUGGAGUUGCGAAUCUCCAUCUACGGCAGGUCGAUCCACGAGUGGGACAAAUUGGCGGCGUGGGUUGUGGACAAUAAAUUGUUCAGCCACAAUGUGCGGUGGUUGAUCCAAGUCCCGAGGUUGUAUGACGUCUACAAGAAGAACAAGAACGUCCGGUCUUUUUUGGACAUUAUCAAAAACUUGUUUGAACCCUUGUUUGAAGUUUCCAGGAACCCCAAACUGCACCCAAAAUUGCACGUAUUUCUCCAACGAGUUGUCGGGUUUGACUCUGUUGACGACGAGUCGAAAGCUGACAAGCCGAUCCAGUCGAGAAAAUGCCCACCUGCUGGCGACUGGAACUACCCCGCAAACCCGCCAUACUCCUACUAUUUGUACUAUUUAUUCGCCAACGUGGCAUCGUUGAACCACUUGAGAGAAAGGAACAAGAUGAACACUUUUGUGUUGAGACCCCACUGUGGCGAAGCUGGAGACCCCGAGCACUUGAUCAGUGCAUUUUUGACCUCGUAUGGAAUCUCGCACGGGAUCUUGUUGCGCAAGUUGCCAUUCAUCCAGUACUUGUACUACUUGGACCAGAUUGGCAUUGCCAUGUCGCCGCUUUCAAACAACGCAUUGUUUCUCACCUACGACAAGAAUCCGUUCUUUAACUUUUUCAAAAAGGGGUUGAACGUGUCGUUGUCCACGGACGACCCAUUGCAGUUCUCCUACACAAAAGAGCCGCUAAUCGAAGAGUACUCUGUAGCUGCGCAGAUCUACAAGUUGUCCGGGGUGGACAUGUGCGAGCUAGCCAGAAACUCCUGUCUCCAAAGCGGAUGGGAGGAUUCAAUCAAGAGGCACUGGCUCGGCAAGGAGUACAUGAAAGGCGGAGUCGAGGGCAACGACAUUGAAAAGACAAAUGUCCCCGACAUACGAGUUGGUUUCCGCGAGGACACGUUAAAGAGCGAACAGCACUUGGUGGAUGAAUACAACAAGAUCAGUUUCGGCCAUGCUAUAGAGGACCAUUAA